ACUCACAGUAAACAAGAUGGAUCUCCAGAAUUUGAAAGUUGCCUGUGCGAUUUUGAUUUCUCUUCUUAUAAGCCAGAAUGUUAUUGCCUCGGGGUUCAAAGUGAUUCAAGACAGUGGCUGUAAAAAAGUUUUGCUACAGGCACCAAACCAUAUCGUAACUAAAAAGGGCAAACUUCGCAGUUCAAAAGUCGGAGUAGGAUACGAGGUCUGUGCAGAAAUAGGCGAUUACACCCAUUACUGUCCAGGAGGUGGAAUAUGUUGCUCGCCCGGAAAUCAAAAAUCCAAAUGCUGUCCGGCAGACCAUCCUUUAUGCCUACCUGAAGGAUGUUGUCCAGAAGGAUAUCCAAAGGUAUGCGGUCGGUAUUGCUGCGAGGAGGACAGUUUUUGCUGCAACGGUGAAAAUUGCUGCUCUAGUGAAGAAGCUUGUUGUGGGAAAGACAAAUGCUGUACGCAAAAGGCUCCUUGUUGUAAAUACGGUGAGUCUAAAGAAUGCUGCGACGAGAACCUUCAGGCGUGUUGUGAUGGCUAUGGAUGUGUUGAUCCGUGCAAGUCUCAGUUCGACGCUCUCGGAUGUCAGUUGGCUGGUCGUUCACUUUCCUCCGAUAGCGUCGAUGAUGAAUGCAAAUUUGGGAGCAAACUUUGGCGAAUAUUGCGACCUGACGAAGAUCCCAAAGUCGGACUUAUUGCUAAAAAUCCCCAAGCCUCUAGAAAAGUUAUAUCACACGUUAACUGUGGAGGUCGGAAAGGGUACAAAUCGCAGUUUAUAUCAACAACAGGGUUGUACAAAGUUGCACAGCGUUAUAAGGCAAAAGGAGAGAAAAAAGGCUUGACCGGAUUACGAAUCGCCGAGAUUAACUAUAAAGCCUUGCCAAAGCGUUGCAAAUCGAAGACAGUGGACUUAACAACCGCGGAAAACCGAGACAAAUACUUAGGAAAAGCUGUUUGUAAGAAUUUUGCUAAGGCCUCCUGUGAGGUGCUUCUUCAAUGCGAUGAGCCAAUUCCAUGCCGUGUCGUUGAUCCCCCUAAAGAGAAAAUAAUAUCUUCGAAAGACUCUGGAGAACUGUGAGAACAGUUUUAAAAGUGCCCAGCUAAUAGGGAGAUCAGUUAUCAAUGUUCUUUUAAGUGAGCGGAGGUAGGGAAAUACAGUUUGUUAAAAUGUUAUUUUUGGUCAUUUAAUUGCUAAGAUGUGUUCUUACAAAAUUUCGAUCCAUUGCCGAUAGAAAAGUUUUUUAUAAGAGGAUAUACAUUUUACGUUAGAUUUAUUUGAUUUAGACGGAUUUUUCCUUGUUUUAACGUCACGGAUUUCUUCUAAGUAGUGUGCACUAUAAUAAGAUCCUAAUUUAGGCCCCGAGGCCACUGUUUGUAAUGAACUUUAGGAAGGAAACUUCUCCUUGGUGUUCGUAACAUAGACAAGCAAUUCUUAAAUAAAAAUUGUCUUCAUGAAGCAGCCUUUCUUGAACAGCGUAGAACAAUAUAGAUUGUGGGUAUCAUUUAACUGUUCAUGGGAACGCGACGAAAUUAGUACCGUACAUCGUCGACGGCGGUUUGGUUUGGCUCAGCUGCUAUGCAAAAUAUUCAUUUCCGAUAGUUUUAAGGGAUUGUGGUUCUGUUAUUUUGGCUCUGUAUAAUGUUUAGAAUUUAUUACAGUUUUCUUACUAGUAACAAACCUUAGCUUAGAUGGAAAUCAGCGACAUUGUUGUAAGAUGAAACAGAAAAAGAAAUUGGUGUCACUAAAGGGACCGGGGGAAAGAAGGAUUUCAAUUAUUUGCCAAACUGGUACCACUCUUUUCCCAAAAUCAAUGUCACUUUCAUGUACAUUAAUUUCAAAAGUUUUGCUCUGUAAGUUCUGUGAUGUUUGCAAUAAAGACAAUUCUACAAUAGACGCCUAGUAAGUGGACACAGAAGCUGUUGUAGUCACCAACAUAUUCCAACAAAUAAUGUCCCCCCAAGCAAAUGAACACAUGGUAUAGUCAUCUAGUGAUGCCUUAACCCUUUACACCUAACAUCAGCAUUUAUAUUCUCCAUACUGUUCUCUGUACAUUUAUUGACAUGCUGAAAAGGAGAAUUUGUCUAACAAUCAAGAGUUUC